ACUGAAGCGACAUCCUUCUCGGGGCCAUAUUAAAAAGGAACGGCUUGUCAAGGGGGUGCCAAUUAAAAAAGCGGACGACCAGCUGCCUUGCACAUUGUAAAAUCGGAUAAUUUAAUCCAUCACGGUCCUGACACGAGAGGUUUCUCACAAGUACAUCUGAAAACUCCCCAGGCUGCUUUCUGAACUCCUCCAAGUCUGAAAUUUCCUCCGCGAGAGCGCGCUUGCCAUUGACCUGCUAAAGUUUUUCGCCUCACUGAGCGUACAAUUCAACACCUAAGUGUUACCGAGGUAUAAAAGUGGACACGGAAAAAGCCAUCAUGAUGAGCAAUAACUACAGCGACGACCAGCUACCUCCACAGUACUAUCAGGCCACUGACUUUGGGGAAGAGGAGGACGACGAGAUGCCAGCCACGGAGAAGGACCUCGCCGAGGACGCGCCAUGGAAGAAGAUCCAGCAGAACACCUUCACCAGGUGGUGCAAUGAGCACCUCAAGUGUGUCAACAAAACCAUCACCGACCUGCAGAAGGACUUUAGUGAUGGGCUCAAGCUCAUUUCGCUCCUGGAAGUUUUAAGCCAGAAGAAAAUGUACAGAAAGUACCAUACCAGACCCAAUUUCCGACAGAUGAAACUGGAAAAUGUUUCUGUGGCGCUAGAGUUCUUGGACAGAGAGCGCAUCAAACUGGUGUCAAUAGACAGCAAAGCCAUUGUAGAUGGGAAUCUGAAGCUGAUUCUGGGUCUUAUCUGGACCCUCAUCCUCCACUACUCUAUCUCCAUGCCUAUGUGGGAUGAUGAGGAUGACGAGGAGACCAAAAAGCUGACUCCCAAGCAGCGUCUGCUGGGCUGGAUACAGAACAAGGUGCCCCAGCUGCCCAUCAACAACUUUAACCGUGACUGGAGGGACGGCAAAGCCCUGGGAGCCCUGGUUGACAACUGUGCCCCCGGUUUGUGUCCUGAUUGGGCAGAGUGGGAUCCAAACCAGCCCGUACAGAAUGCCAGAGAAGCAAUGCAACAGGCUGAUGACUGGUUGGGUGUGCCCCAGGUGAUUGCCCCUGAGGAGAUUGUGGAUCCAGAUGUGGAUGAGCACUCUGUUAUGACGUACCUGUCUCAGUUCCCCAAGGCAAAGCUGAAACCUGGAGCUCCUCUCAGACCUAAACAACUCUUCCCAAACAAGGUCAAAGCCUAUGGACCUGGUAUUGAGCCCCAUGGCAACAAGGUUCUGCAAACUGCUGUUUUCACUGUGGAGACUCUGGAAGCUGGUAGCGGUGAGGUCCUGGUCUACGUGGAGGAUCCUGAAGGACAUAAGGAGGAGGCCAAGGUUAAACCAAACAAUGACAAAAACAGAACCUACACUGUCACCUAUGUUCCCAAAGUGGAGGGUGUCCACAAGGUGAAAGUGUUGUUUGCUGGUCAGGACAUUGACAAGAGCCCCUACACAGUGAAUGUGGAAAAGGAUAUGGGCGAUCCCAGCAAGGUCCAUGCAAGAGGGCCAGGUCUAGAGCCUACAGGAAAUGUGGCCAACAAACCCACAUACUUUGACAUCUACACUGCAGGUGCUGGUAAUGGAGAUGUCAGCGUGAUCAUCAUUGAUCCUCAAGGCAAACAGGACACAGUGGAGCUCAUCCUAGAAAAUAAGGGUGACAGUGUUUUCCGAUGUACCUAUCGUCCCGUGCUCGAGGGGCCUCACACCAUUCACGUACAGUUUGCUGGUCAGGAGAUUCCCAAGAGCCCUUUUACUGUCAACAUUGCAGAAGCUCCACACAUUGCUCCUCCCAUGGGAGCUCCACUGCAGAUAGUCCCUCAGUCAGUGUGCACCCCUCCUGGAGUGAAGGGUGGGAAGGCCCCCCUGCUCCCAAAACCUGGCCGCCCAACUAUGAACCCAAAUGUCUGCAGAGCUACAGGCAGAGGUCUUCAGCCUAAAGGAGUGAGGGUAAAGGAGGUUGCAGACUUCAAAGUUUUCACCAAGGGAGCUGGCAGUGGAGCUUUGCAUGUCUCAGUCAAAGGACCAACUGAAGCUGAGGAACAAGUGAAAGUACGUGAUGCAGGAAAUGGAGUGUAUGAAUGUGAAUAUCACCCUCUUAAGCCUGGUAAAUACACAGUCAGUAUUACCUGGGGAGGCCAGCCCGUCCCACGCAGGUAGGGUCAUAUUGCUCCCCUUCGAGUGGAGGUGGGUGAUGAAGCAGGUUUCAGAAGGUGAGAGGCCUGGGGUCCUGGUCUGAAGACUGGCAUGGUGGGAAAAUCGGCUGACUUUGUGGUAGAGGCAAUAGGCACUGAAGUUGGAACUCUGGGUUUCUCCAUUGAAGGCCCAUCACAAGCUAAAAUUGAGUGUGAUGAUAAGGGUGAUGGGUCCUGUGAUGUGCGCUAUUGGCCAACUGAGCCAGGUGACUAUGCUGUCCAUGUCAUUUGUGAUGAUGAGGACAUUAAGGGCAGCCCUUUCAUGGCCCACAUCCUCCCUGCGGCCAAUGAUGUCUUCCCAGAAAAGGUGAAAGCUUAUGGCCCUGGCCUGCAGCCAACUGGUGUCAUUGUCAAUAAACCAACCGAAUUCACAAUUGAUGCUCGCAUGGCUGGGAAAGGUCACCUCAAGAUCUAUGCACAGGAUGCAGAAGGCUGCACCAUCAACAUCAAGAUCAACGACAAGGGAGACGGCACAUUUCAGUGUGUGUACACACCUGUCAAGCCCAUUAAACACACCAUCAUCAUCACCUGGGGGGAUGUCAAUGUGCCCAACAGCCCCUUUAGGGUACUGGUUGGAGAGGGUUCUCAUCCAGACAAAGUCAAGGUCUAUGGCCCUGGAGUGGAGAAGAUGGGACUCAAAGCUAACGAGCCAACAUACUUCACUGUAGACUGUAGUGAAGCUGGUCAAGGAGACAUCAGCAUUGGUAUCAAGUGUGCUCCAGGGGUGGUUGGCCCUGCAGAGGCAGAUGUCGACUUUGACAUUAUCAAGAAUGACAAUGACACCUUUACUGUCAAGUACACUCCCCCUGGUCCGGGUCGCUAUACCAUCAUGGUGCUGUUUGCUGACCAGGAAAUUCCCAUUAGUCCUUUCAAAGUCAAAGUAGAUCCUUCCCAUGAUGCUGGCAAGGUGAGAGCAGAGGGCCCUGGACUCAACAAAACAGGAGUAGAAGUGGGCACUCCAACCCACUUUACCAUCUACACAAAGGGAGCUGGCAAGGCCAAGCCUGAAGUGCAUUUUACCGCAUCAGGCCCAGGAGAGGGGGUUCGUGACUUUGAGAUAAUCGAUAAUCAUGACUACUCCUACACCGUCAAAUACACACCUCUUCAACAGGGUAACAUGGCAAUUUCAGUGAUUCAUGGAGGAGAUCCCAUUCCCAAAAGCCCCUUCCACAUCACAGUUGCACCACCUCUGGAUCUCGGAAAGGUGAAAGUUGAGGGAUUGGACACUAAAGUUGAGGUCGGAAAGGAUCAGGAGUUCCUUGUUAACACCAAGGGAGCUGGUGGACUGGGUAAUGUAGGUGUGAAGAUCACUUCACCCUCUGGACGACCAAUCCCAUGCAAGCUGGAAUCAGACAAAGCCAAAGGCACUCACAGUGUGAAGUAUAGUCCCCCAGAGGAGGGGCAGUACAAGGUUGAUGUCAGUUAUGAUGGCAACCCGGUGAUGGGAAGCCCCUAUGGGUUUGAAGCCAUGAUGCCUGCUGAUUCCUCUAAGGUUCGAGCUUAUGGCCCAGGCCUGAAGGGAGGCACUGUGGGUAAACAAGCUCCAUUCACUAUUGAUACAACGGGAGCUGGUGCUGGUGGGCUGGGUCUUACCGUAGAAGGUCCCUGUGAGGCCAAGAUUGAGUGCCAGGACAACGGUGACGGCACAUGCUCAGUGUCCUACCUACCAACCGAGGCUGGGGAGUACGCCAUCAACAUCCUGUUUGCUGAGCACCACAUCCCCGGCUCUCCCUUCAAAGCCAUGGUCCGCCCAACUUUUGACCCCAGCAAGGUGACAGCAAGCGGACCUGGCCUGGAGAAGGCCAAGGCAGGCGAACCAGCCACCUUUGCCGUGGACUGCACCCGGGCAGGCGACGGUGAGCUCACCAUUGAGAUUGUGUCAGAAACUGGGGUCAAGGCUGAAGUUCGCAUCCAGAAAACUGCAGAGGGCACCUUUUCUGUCAUGUACAUCCCACCUUUCCAUGGCACACACACCAUCACCAUCAAGUACAGUGACCAUGUGAUUCCCCAGUUUCCCAAGAUGCUGCAGGUUGAGCCCUCGGUGGACACCAGUGGGGUGCACGUCUAUGGUCCAGGAGUUGAGCCCAGAGGAGUCCUCAGAGAAGUCACAACUCACUUCAUUGUUGAUGCCCGUGCUCUCAACAAGGUUGGAGGAAAACAUGUUAAGAUUCACAUUAUCAACCCUUCUGGCACCAACACAGACACCUAUAUCACUGACAAAGGAGAUGGCACCUACAGGGUGGAGUACACGGCAUUUGAGGAUGGAAUGCAUCUGAUUGAAGUGCUGUACGAUGAAGCACCUGUGCCUAAGAGCCCCUUCAGAGUUUCUGUGGUGGAGGGAUGUGAUCCAACGCGGGUUCGUGCCUAUGGACCAGGUCUGGAGGGAGGCAUCACCAACAAAUCCAACUGCUUCACCGUGGAGACAAGGGGUGCUGGUACAGGUGGCCUGGGUCUGACCAUUGAAGGAGCCUCUGAGGCAAAGAUAUCCUGCAAAGACAAUAAAGAUGGCAGCUGCAGUGUGGAAUAUGUCCCCUUCACUCCUGGAGAUUAUGAUGUGAAUAUCAACUACGGUGGUCACCCGAUCCCUGGCAGCCCAUUUUGCGUGCAAGUGAAGGACCCCGUGGAUCCCAGCAAGGUGACAUGCUCUGGUCCAGGUCUGGGCGCUGGUGUGAGGGCCCAUGUUCCUCAGACCUUCACUGUGGAUUGUACCCAGGCUGGACAGGCUCCACUGGAUGUCAAAAUCUAUGGCCCAACAGGUACUGUAGAGCCAGUUGGUGUGAAGAAUAAUGGUGAUGGAACGCACACUGUUCAUUACACACCAGCCCAGGACGGUCCUUACACUGUAGCUGUCAAAUAUGCAGAUCAGGAAGUCCCACACAGUCCAUUCAAGGUAAUGUCUCAGCCUGGGCAUGAUGCCAGUAAAGUGCGCGCCAGCGGUCCUGGUCUAGACACCAAAGGUGUGUCUGCAAGUCUCCCCGUUGAAUUCACCAUCGAUGCCCGUGAUGCUGGGGAGGGACUGCUUACGGUGCAGAUUCUGGAUCCAGAAGGAAGGCCAAAGAAUGCAACCAUCCAGGACAACAGGGAUGGCACCUACACUGUGUCUUAUGUGCCUGACUCCACGGGCCCUUACACUAUCACCAUUAAAUAUGGAGGAGAUGAGAUUCCUUACUCUCCUUACCGCAUCCAGUCCCUGCCUACUGGGGAUGCCAGCAAAUGUCAGCUCACAGUUUCUAUUGGAGGACGGGGCAUGUCAAGCCUUCAGAAGCUGCAGGCCUCUGAGGAUACGGUCAUCACUGUCGAUGCCAAGGCUGCUGGGAAAGGCAAGGUGACCUGUAAGGUGCUCACUCCACAGGGGAUGGAGCUGGAUAUGGAUGUGGUGGAGAAUCAUGAUGGAACCUUUGACAUUUACUACACAGCCCCUGAACCUGGGAAAUAUGUUAUUACCAUCCGCUUUGGGGGGCAGAACAUCCCUAAGAGCCCUUUCCAUGUAGUCGCCACAAAUGAACCAGUUGUUCCACGUGACACUGUGGAUCCUCUCUUCCGUCCUGUAAACUUUCUCGUUCCCUUCACACCACAACAAGGAGAAAUCACAGGUGAGGUGCGGAUGCCUUCAGGCAAAACUGCCCGCCCUCAUAUCACCGAUAAUAAGGAUGGAACCAUCACAAUCAAGUACCAGCCCAUGGAAAGAGGCCUGCAUGAGAUGGACAUCAAAUAUGAUGGCAAUCACAUUCCAGGGAGUCCUCUACAGUUCUACGUAGAUGCUGUGAACAGUGGAGUGGUGACUGCAUAUGGUCCCGGUCUGAGUUACGGCAUGGUCAACAAGGCCGCUACCUUUACUGUGGUCACCAAGAAUGCAGGAGAGGGUGGUCUGUCUCUGGCAGUGGAGGGUCCUUCUAAAGCAGAGAUCACAUGUAAAGACAACAAAGAUGGUACCUGCACUGUGUCCUACUUGCCAACUGCCCUUGGAGACUACAAUAUUAUUGUCAAGUUUGACAACAAGCACAUUCCUGGCAGUCCCUUUACUGCUAAGAUAACUGGGGAUGACUCUAUAACCAGGACAUCCCAGCUGAAUGUCGGGACAUCUGCUGAUGUUUCACUGAAGAUCACAGAGACCGAUCUGAGCUCACUGACUGCCAGUAUCAGAGCUCCAUCGGGCAAUGAGGAACCCUGCCUGCUGAAGAGGCUGCCCAACAGACACCUCGGUAUCUCUUUCACUCCCAAGGAGGUGGGUGAGCAUGAAGUGAGUGUGAGAAAAAAUGGCGUUCAUGUUGCUAACAGCCCUUUCAAGAUCAUGGUUGGCCAAUCAGAAAUCGGCGAGGCCAGUAGGGUCAAAGCUUUUGGAAAAGGCCUGGUGGAAGCACACACUUUUGAAAUGGCUGAGUUCUUUGUGGAUACUAGAAAUGCAGGCUAUGGAGGGCUAGCAUUGUCAAUUGAGGGUCCAAGCAAAGUGGAUAUCAACUGUGAAGAUGUAGAGGAUGGGACGUGUAGAGUGACCUACUGUCCGACAGAACCUGGAAGUUACACUGUUAACAUUAAGUUUGCUGAAAAGCACAUCCCAGGAAGUCCUUUCACAGUGAAGGUGACCGGAGAAGGAAGGAUCAAAGAGAGUAUUACAAGAAAGAGGCAGGCAUCUUCCAUUGCUUCCGUGGGCAGUACAUGUGGCCUUAACCUUAAAAUCCCAGGAAACUGGUUUCAGAUGGUGUCGGCUCAGGAGAGGCUGACCAGGACAGUCACCCGCAGUAGCCAUACUUACACCCGCACAGAGCGCACGGAGAUCAGCAAAACCCGAGGCGGGGAGACCAAGAGGGAGGUGCGAGUGGAGGAGAGCACUCAGGUGGGCGGAGGAGGAAGCCCGUUCAGAGACGUUUUUGGAGACUUCAUGGGUAGAGAGAGUCUCAGCAGCUUUGCAGGAAUCACCGCCAGACCUGAGGUUGAAAGUGGCUCUCAGGCAAUGACUGCUCAGGUGACCAGCCCGAGUGGAAAAACCGUGGAUGCUGACAUCAUGGACGGAGGAAGCAGCACCUACAGUGUGCGCUUCAUCCCCCAAGAAAUUGGACCCCACACAGUCAACGUCAAAUACAGAGGUCAACAUGUGCCUGGGAGCCCCUUCCAGUUUACUGUUGGGCCUAUGGGAGAAGGUGGAGCUCAUAAGGUUCAUGCUGGUGGACCUGGUCUGGAGAGAGGCGUGGCUGGAGCUCCUUCUGAAUUCAGUAUCUGGACCAGAGAAGCAGGUGCUGGUGGUCUGUCCAUUGCUGUAGAGGGGCCCAGUAAAGCUGAAAUCUCCUUUGAGGAUAGAAAGGAUGGUUCUUGUGGAGUCUCCUACACGGUGAAGGAACCAGGUGACUACGAGGUGUCAAUCAAGUUCAACAACGAGCACAUCCCUGACAGCCCGUUCAUUGUUCCGAUUGCUACACUGUCAGACGAGGCCCGCAGGCUUACUGUCACAAGCCUUCAGGAGAAGGAUUUGAAGGUAAACCAAGAAGCUUCAUUUAUGGUGCAGCGCAAUGGAGCUCGAGGUGUGGUUGAUGCCAAAGUCCACACUCCAUCUGGCUCUUCUGAGGAAUGCUACGUCUCUGACCUUGACAGCGACAAGAGUGCAAUUCGCUUUAUUCCACGGGAGAAUGGAGUCCAUUCCAUAGAUGUUAAGUUCAAUGGAUGCCACAUUCCUGGAAGUCCCUUUAACGUGCGAGUGGGUGACCCUGGGCUUAUUGGAGACCCAGGCAUGGUGACUGCACAUGGCCCAGGACUGCAGGGAGGGACCACAGGUGUCCCUUCAGAGUUUGUCGUCAACACCUGUAAUGCAGGCUCAGGCACUCUGUCGGUUAACAUUGCCGGACCCUCCAAAGUCAAGAUGGACUGUCGGGAGUGUCCUGAUGGUUAUAAGAUCACCUACACGCCCAUGGCUCCCGGCAACUAUCUCAUCACCAUCAAAUAUGGCGGGCCACAGCACAUAGUCGGCAGCCCAUUCAAAGCUAAAGUCACAGGCACUCGGUUGUCAGGGGGACACGGCCUCCAUGAGACUUCCUCUGUCUUGUGGAGACUGUUACCCAAAACUUCCAAAGUGGGCGGCACCUACAGCUCCUCUUCUUCUACUUGCCAACUGGCAUCUGAUGCUAGCAAGGUGGUUUGCCGUGGAGCCGGGUUGUCCAAGGCUGUAAUGGGCCAGAAAAACAAUUUUACUGUUGACUGCAGCAAAGCAGGUACCAAUAUGCUGAUGGUGGGUGUUCACGGACCCCACGCACCCUGUGAAGAGGUGUAUGUUAAACACAUGGGCAACAAGCUCUAUAAUGUCACGUACACCGUCAAGGACAAGGGCAGCUACACAGUUAUCAUCAAAUGGGGUGAUGACAAUGUCCCCGGGAGCCCCUACAAAGUGGUUGUACCUUAAAAUAAACUGUACCAAUUACCCGGUCCAGCCUCCUCCACUGACCACCACUUCUUUUCUCCUUUUGCACGCAUCAAUCAAACACACCUGUUUUUACUGGCGCUGUUCCUCGCUCUACAACAAAUUACAUUGUACUCAAAAUGCACUAAAACCUGCAAGGACAUUUGCUAACAGUUUUUCCUGGUGACAGAAUGUUUUGUGCCAAAGUUUUGUAUUAACUCAAAGAAAAAUUCGGUACAUGCAUCCAACUUAAGAAUAAUGUCAAGUCAAUAGUGUGUUUUACAAGUGUUUGAGUGAUAUUUUUUUGCUCUGAUCAGAAAAUUCCCAUUUUCCUCUCUGAUAUUUAGGAAACAAAUGGUAUAAUAUGUGAAUGUUAGAUGUUUGAGUAAUCAGCAGUAUUACAGUUUGAUAUGGUAUGUUUUGUAUUGUUUAAGAAUGAGAAGUUUUUUUUGUUAUAUUAACCUAUUUUUGGUAAGUGUUUGCAGACCUAAUAAAGAUUUAAUUGCUUA